UUAAUCUUUAUGUAUUGACGUGAAUUUGUCAGAGUGUCGUCUAAAACAAAAUAUUAUUCGAAAUUGUUGAAUCAAAACUAUUACAUAUAUUUAUGUCGUUAUUGUUUUCUUUUCGGAAAAUAUAUACAUAAUUAUUUUUUCCAAAUGGCCGUUGUUUUGUUUAUUAUUACCAUACCCACGGAAGCUGAAGAGUUAAAGCUGCGUAGUGAAUUUUCAAGGAAAAAACCUGACGCAGAUGCUAACGACUACAUGCAAGAUAGUGAAAAAUUAAUUUCCACACCUACAACAACUGCAACGCUAACCAAUCCAGCAAUUAUCAUCAACGUACCCGAAGAACUGGCUACAAAUACUGAAGAGAUUGACGCUGUUAGCCUUGGCGCUAAAAUGGAAAAUCCUCUAACGCCUCAGACGCAGGAUCAGCAAUACAGUACAUUUCCGAAACGUCGGAAAUCUGAAAGAAAUAAAAAGUUCUUAUUUGGGAAUGCUGGACAAAUACUUAAGAACACCAUCGCUAGAGAAAGUAGCAUAGGCAGCGCUUCAGACAGUGCAAAAGACAUUGAUCUGGAGAAUGCGGAUGGCUCAGAUUUUGUACGAAGAUCUUGGGAAGGUUUGCGGGACAUUCUCUCAUAUUCAAGCCGCCGACAAAGGAAAACAGAAUCAACACAAAUAAAUAUUCCUAGCGAUUCGUGCAUGGAGACAGUACUGCGUGAAAUUUUGAAAAAAUCUCAAAUAUUCAAUGCGUUUUGGACGAAAGAUGCCGAUGGUCGUGUAUAUCAAAUAAUAUUUACAGUUGAGUUUAAUGAGAACUAUGAAAACUUAUUGCACAAACUUUACGAGUGGGGUAUUGGCGAUCGUGUCGGAUCCUCUGUAUCGGUAAUGAAUUGCUUGGUCUCGAAAACAUUUAGACGAGAUACCGAGGGCGAUUCAUCACAAGACAACGACGAUGUCAAUUUCUUCGAACAAAAGCAAGGCGUUUGGAAUCGUUUCAUGAACUCGGUAAGAAGUCGACUGAAUGUUGCGCAAAUCGUGCGUGAUGUACGCCAAGAUGCAGCCAUUACAUUUGAUUUUCUUAUUUUGCUAAUUUCAGCAACCAUUUUGGCCGCCAUUGGUUUGGCUGAGAAUAGUACUAUUUUUCUAGCAGCAAGUAUGCUGGUUUCCCCGUUGAUGGGCCCAAUAAUUGCGGCAAUUUUCGGUACCGCCAUCAAAGAUCCUACACUGCGUACUUUGGGACUAAGAAAUGAGUUAAUCGGCGUAUUAAUUGCAACAGUUGUUGGCUUUAUUUUCGGUUUAAUCAUCUGCACUCUCGAUGAGCGUUAUGGCAAUGGCGAAGGAUUAACGGCUGAAAUGCUUUCACGCAGUGAAUUGCACUCACUGUUGGUUGGAUUGUUCACGGCAAUACCUUCCGGUGCAGCAGCUGCUGUAGCUAUUCUUGGGGGAAAUAUUGGGUCCCUGGUGGGUGUUGCAAUAUCGGCCUCCCUCUUGCCGCCGGCCAUCAAUGCGGGCGUCCUCUGGGCCUUAUCUCUCAUUUACAUAUUAUUCGAAAGGGAUGAUUCUCGUUUCAAUCUCAUUGUGAAGUCACGCACAUUUUCCGACAAUCAGGCCAAAGAGUUGGUCAUUUUGGGUGUCAUUAGUAUGUUAGUGACCAUAUCGAAUAUAAUCUGUGUAUAUAUUAUGGGCGUUUUGGUACUGAAAGUAAAAGAAAUAGCUCCUGUUAUUUCCAGAAAUCAUCGAGAAUUUUGGAAGCAUCACAUAAAAAUCGCAAGAGGUCUUCCCAAAAACGGUAUCGACACCAAUACAGCACUCAUCGAUGAGUUUGCCAAUCUUCCUAGGGAAGAUCAAAAAGCAUUGGGUAUUGAUUAUGAUUGGUUGAGGGCAAUGCGUUUGGAUGACGCCUCUUACCAAAACACCUGGUCUCCGAUUGGAAAUAGACAAUUGUUUGGCCGAUCUGCACUAGAUGAAAGAAAUGAUAAUUAUUUGACUGUACAUCAAAUUGAGCGUUUAUACUCGACUAUGAAUCAACAACAGACACUUAACUAUAGGAGAAACCGUGGCAGUUUUUAUCGCCAUCCAACAAGUCUCACUGGCGAUUAUGGAAAAACUUACGAGAUCUUUGCAGGCAGCCUUCCUCGCCGUACAACAUUGCCCACUAAGGCAAACUGCCAUACCUCCAAUGUUUUGAAUACAGUAGGCGAGGCAGAUUCGUCUACAGCGAAUCCAUCUUCACGAUCUUCAAUGACUAAUACGCCUACUAGCACAUUAGACGAACGCAAACGACGCAAAUUUAUCGUAACACCCGUAGAUGAUCUGGGUGAUGAAAUGGAUGCUUAGUGGGUGCAGCUUAAAUCAAUGCUAAUAGUCAACAAUUGUAGUUUCCAUGCAAGUUCAUAGCCAUUAACGUUAUUUAUUCUUACAAACAUACAUGAGUUAGUGCAUAUACACGUUCUAACUUAAAAAUGUUUAUUUGCAGUUUUUUCUUCUUCAAUUAAACAAUUUACAAAAGGUUCACAA